UGUGAGUUGGUUGUGUCGCGCACUUAUUGAAGUCGCGUGAUAACUUUCGUGAAAAAAAAAAACAUUGAUAUAUUUAACAAUUUUCGCGAGUGCUGUGUUUGUCUGUGUGUAAGUGUUUUGUGUGCACAACAGUUGAUUUUUUUGUGUAAAAGAUGGUUAUUGUUUUUUUUUUAAGUGAAUUUUUGGAAUGUUUGUAACUCAGGUAGUGUAGCGACAAGUGAGCGGAUUUUUACGGUUUCUCGUGCUGUUUAUUUGUGGCGUGCAGUACUAUGUGUUAGUGCACGAUGCCGCCGCGGCGGCGCUGCGGUCGCGCCACGUGAUCUGAAACAAAAUGACGGACUCAGGUCCCGCUAAUUCUAUUAUCGAGGGAACUGUGAAGUUUCGCGACGGGAAAAAGUGGAAGUCGCGAUGGUGUGUUAUGAGGAAAUUGUCACCUGUCGCAGACUGCGUGCAUCUGCAGCUGUAUAAAGACCUGAAGGAGCGGCAGCGCAACGGACAGACGAAAGCCUCGCUCUCCCUGCAGCAGUACCUUGGCUUUGAAGCCGGCUUCACGCUCGACAAGGAAUCAAACACGCUCGCCAUAUUGUGCGAAGACGUCGUCCCGGUUCUGGCAUUCGAUACUAGAGAGAUAUUGAUACAGUGGAGGGUAAAGGUGCAACACAAUCUGGGCAGCAGCAAGGAGUUCGCAGCAGUUAUCGUGUCUGCACCAUCAGGCAGUGGCGCCCGUGCGGGGCCCGCACGCCUGCACGCCUGCGGGCCGCGGCUUGCGCUCGCCGUCGCUCGGCCCCCUGAGGUCAUCGCUCUCUGGGACGUCAAACUGCUCAGACGUUUCGGCGUGGUAGAGAACCGCUUCUGCGUGGAGGGAGGCUCUCGGUGCGGUCGCGGCGCGGGGCUGUUCGUGUUCGCGGCGGAGCGCGGUCGCGAGCUCGCGGAUUUGCUCACCGCGCACUCGCACGACGCGCAAGCUCGCCUCAGCCUUGCCUCCAGGAGCGGAUCUGUGGCAGAGAAACGGUUUUCGGAUAGCAGCUCGUGUGCGGAAGAGUGCUUCCACUCGUCACUGCGGUCGGUAUCGCCGGCUUGGAACGGGCCCAACAGUCACACGGCGCACUGCCUCAGCGAGCUGGACGGCCUGGAGGAGGACAAGUGCCGGCGCCCAACCUCGCUGCCGCGCUGCUCCUUCAGCUGCAUGGCCAAGAUGAGCCAACUCACCAGGUCAUCAACAAUGGGCACGCCGGGCUCCGUAAUGUCCCCCGUUUGGACGAUGGAGAACAUUCUAGAGAAGAGAUCGGACUCUGAUCGCGCGUCUAUCUACUCGCGCUCGAGCGGCAGCGCCUCAGAGUACUCAGUGCCGCGCGGCGGCUGUCUGCUCGACAAGAGCUUCGAGUCUCGCGGCAGCCCCGUGGCGUGCUGCGCGCCAACAGUACCCGCCGUACCCGCCAAGGCCGGGGUGUGCCAGUGCCAGUGGCAGACCUGCGCCUGCAGGAAGAAGCAGUACAACGGACCCUACGAGAAUUACGACGUGCCAAAGACACCGAUGCCUUUAAUACAGGAACAUCCAAUAGACGCGAAUUCAGAGGCGGCCAGCCUGUACGACACACCAAAGAAACUUAAAUGUCUCAUGAACGGCCAGCCGUGCGGCUGCUCACACGGAGACCAGGCCAAUGCCGACACCAGGCAGACGGACGAGCCCGCCGGAGACGACGGCGCGGACAACCCCGACACGCAGUCCAACUACGUCAACGUCACCCCAGUUACCAAAACGCAAUCCGUAGACUACGGCAACUACGCCAAUAUAGACCUUAACGCCACCCUGGAAAAGUUCGAAAGCUCCCUGCAGAUCCUCCGCAGUGCGGGCUUCAGCCAGGAGGAGCUGGACGCGCUCGAGGACAUCCCGGAACACGACGACGACAUCUCGACGGCGACCAUGAACACGGCCGUGCUCCCCGCAGACUGCUGCCCCGAGCACGCCGGGUAUCUGCACAUGGGGCCGCCGGACUCCCGACACUGCGCCCGACAUUGUGCCGACAACGUCAGCCGCGCCAGUCAUCUCUCCGACCCCGCGCAGCACUCCGACACCGACAACACGGUCAGCACGCGCCGCUCCAGCUCCGCCGACUUCACGCGCCGACACGACGACGACCUCCUCGACCCCAGACUCUGCUUCACCCCCACCGCGCUCCGCAAGACCGGCAAGAAUGACCGCAUCAAUGAGACCCUACACGUUAUAAUGCAAAAAGAAACAUGUCACAAAGAAAAAAGUUUAAAAAUUUCUGAACCGAAAAGCGAAAACGUGUUGGUCGCUAGAUUCAGGGAUGCCGUUAAAAUUAGGCGGUCGUCGAGCGUACCGAGCAAGUCCGACAAGAACAGGGACUCGUCCAGCUCCAACGAUUCGGGCGUCUCCACCGGCUCCCUGAAGCACCACCGGGGCGACUUCAACGACUUCGAGAGCGCCGUCCACAACUCCAAGUCUUACAAGAAACAUUUCAAAAGCAACAAGCAGUUCCGGAACACGCUGACUCCGGUUCACACGCCCUUCAUCAAGUCCAACUCCUCGGAUCCUCUGAAGCACCUCACGUUCCAGUUCGAGGAGGUCGCCACGCUCGCCAAGAGUAACUCCUUUGACGUCGACACCCUCACGAGGCGGAAGAAAAAAACUGGUACAACGUCAAUGGAGGCGCGGCACAGCCAGCUCACCAGCAAGAGCACAUCGAGCGGCGCCUCCGACACCUCCGACUACAUGGAGUCCCUCUCAGUGUCCUCGCUCAGCUCCUGCGACACCCGCGAGCGCCACGCCGCGCGACCUCGCUCCGGCAGAGAGUACGCCAGCCUCGACCGCGGCGCGCUCGCCGACUAGCCAGGUGCACUCGCCGACUAGCCACGUGCACACACCGACUAGCCAUGUGCACUCGCCGACUAGCCACGUGCACUCACCGACUAGC